AUGCCACCAAUCCCUCAAAGAUGGAAGGGAAAGUGUGAGAAUAGUACGAGUAUCCCCUUUCCUUGCAACAAAAAGCUUAUUGGCGCGCGUACAUUUAUCAAAGCAUUCCAAGCAAAAAACUCGAAGGAAGCAGACAAUUCGCCAAGAGAUUUCCUUGGACAUGGAACACACACAGCAUCCACUGCCGCGGGUAACCAUUUACCUGGUGCAAGUCAAUUUGGAUAUGCAAAGGGCAUAGCCAGAGGAAUGGCACCUCGUGCUCAUCUCGCCAUGUACAAGGUCGCAAACACAGAAGAUAUUGCUGAAAGUGAUGUUCUUGUGGCUAUGGACCAAGCAAUUGCAGAUGGCGUAGAUAUCAUGUCACUGUCUCUUGGUUUCGAGCAGAAGCCAUAUUUCAAAGAUGUCAUAGCUAUAGCUUCACUUUCAGCUAGUGAGAAGGGGAUUGUUGUUGUCUGUAGUGCUGGUAAUCUGGGAGCAUAUAAUUCUACAAAGAAUGCCGCACCAAGGAUUGCAACCGUAGGUGCUGGUACACUUAACAGAACUUUCACUGCAACAGUGACUCUAGGAAAUGGAUUAACCUUCGAAGGGGAAUCAACUUUUCCUGAGAGUGUCCUAAUAUCAAAUGCAUCUUUAUACUAUGGAAAAGGUAUAAUAGUGGCAGAUCAAAUCCCUUUUGGUGCUUUAGAUGAUCUCAGCAAUCCCAUCCUAGUCCUGCUUACUUCUUCCGGAGCUUUGGUUAGAAAGUAUGCAAUGGGUGCAGGUAUUAAAGCAGUAGUGAAAAACAUGAGGUUUGUGCUCACAAGUUUGGGUGCAAAACCGGCACCACAAGUGGCCGUUUUCUCUUCAAGGGGACCAGAUCCAAUCAACCCUGCUAUUUUAAAACCAGAUGUUAUUGCUCCAGUCGACGUGCUGGCUGCAGUCCCACCAUUUCCAAAAUUAAGAUCGGGCACAUCAACGGCAGCACCCCAUGUUGCUGGAGUGGUAGCUUUACUGAAAGCUGUGCACCCUGAAUGGAGCCCUGCAGCCAUCCGAUCAGCUUUGAUGACCACUGCCUAUACCAUCAACAACAAUGGAACUACUUGGACAAAUCAAUUGUAUGUUUCUCCUGCAACACCUCUAGAUUAUGGGGCAGGUCAUAUCAAUCCGAAUAAAGCAUUGGAUCCUGGACUCAUUUAUGACAUGGAUACACAAAAUUACAUCCAUUUCCUGUGCGGCUUAGGCUACAAUGACACGGAGAUGAGAGCUGUUCUUAGGCAAAAACCUGAAAAAUACAAGACGUACAUAGUCCACAUGGACCAUUCACGACCUUCAUCUUUCUUGACCCAUGAAUCUUGGCACCGAGCCACCCUGAGGUCAUUGUCAAAACCGGUUGAUGACAAAGAGAUGUUGCUUUAUUCAUACAACCAUGUCAUGCAUGGGUUCAGUGCUAGGCUCACACCAUCUCAAGUAGCAGAACUCAAGAAAUCUCCGGCUCAUGUUGCCACACGCGAGGAGGCAUUUGGCAAGCUGUUCACCACACACUCGCCCGAGUUUCUUGGAUUGAGGCAUUCUUUUGGGUGUGUGAAUGCGUCAUCAUAUGGUGAAGGUGUGAUCAUAGCACUAAUUGAUUCAGGAGUUUGGCCUGAGAGUGAGAGUUUCAAUGAAAAAGGUAUGCCACCAAUCCCCACCAGGUGGAAGGGCAAGUGCCAGAAUAGUACAAGUAAUCCUUUUCCAUGCAAUAGAAAGUUGAUUGGAGCCCAAACUUUUAUCAAAGGAAGCCUAGCCGCUGGUAUAACAGAUUCGCCAGACGAUUCACCAAGAGACUUUCUCGGACAUGGAACGCACACAUCAUCCACAGCCGCAGGUAACCAUGUACCAGGUGCAAGUCAAUUUGGAUAUGCAAAGGGCAUAGCUAGAGGAAUUGCACCUCGUGCACAUGUUGCCAUGUACAAAGUCUCAUCAGGAAGAUUUAUUGUAGAAAGUGAUGUUCUUGCUGCUAUGGAUCAAGCGAUUUCAGAUGGUGUUGACAUCAUGUCACUAUCUCUAGGGUUUCAGCAGACACCUUAUUUCCAAGAUAUCAUAGCCAUUGCUUCUCUUUCAGCAAUUCAGAAGGGGAUUGUUGUUGUUUGCGCUGCUGGGAACGAUGGAGUACAUAAUUCUACACAUAAUGCAGCACCAUGGAUUACAACGGUCGGGGCUGGAACACUUGAUCGGAGUUUCACUGCAACAGUGACUUUAGGGAAUAACCUAACCUUCGAAGGAAAAUCAGAGUUCCCAGAACGUGUUCUAAUUAUUGACACACCUUUGUACUAUGGCAAAGGUGAUUUUAACAAAACAAUAUGCAACAUUGGAGCAUUGAAUAAGAGCGAAGUCUUUGGAAAGGUAGUCAUCUGUGACAACAGUAACACGGUUAGCAUUUAUGACCAAGCGACAGAGCUUGCAAAUGUUGGUGCAGUUGCGGGUAUCCAGGCAGAUUGGACCCCUUUUGGUGUUGAUGGACUCAGCAGUCCCAGCUUGGUUUUACCAACUUCUUCUGGUGCUUUGAUUAAAAGGUAUGCUAUAGGGGCAGCUGGGGAGGCAACGGUGAAAAUCAUGAGGUUCGUGCUCACAAGCUUCGGCAGGAAGCCAGCGCCACAAGUGGCUGAGUUCUCCUCAAAAGGACCAGACCCGGUCAACCCGAACAUUCUAAAGCCAGAUAUUAUUGCUCCAGGGGUUCAAGUGUUGGCUGCAUUCCCACCAUUAAUUCCAGUCGGAGAAAUAGGCAACUAUCCAGUGGCCUCAGAUUAUGCAUUAUUGGGCACAUCAAUGUCAGCUCCUCAUGUUGCUGGAGUGACAGCUUUGCUGAAAGCUGUUCACCCUGAAUGGAGCCCAGCGGCUAUCCGAUCAGCUUUGAUGACCACAGCAGAUACCAUUGACAACAAUGGAACCACUUUGACAAACGAACUGACUAACCUUCCUGGAACACCUCUAGAAUUUGGGGCAGGUCACAUCAAUCCAAAUAAAGCCAUGUCUCCUGGACUCAUCUAUGAUAUAGAUUGGCAAGGGUACGUUGAUUUCUUAUGCGGCCUGGGCUAUAAUGACACGGAGAUGAGAGCUAUUCUUAGACAAAGCCAAUGGAAUUGCAGCCAAGAGGGAACUGACCUAAACUACCCAUCCUUCGUUGCCAUGUUUGGCAAAAACGGUACCUCUCCAAACGUAAAAAACUUUACCAGGGUGGUGACAAACGUGGGAGACGACCAAUCAGUUUACCAGGCAGUUGCAGAAACUCCCAAUGGAAUGUCUAUUAGAGUAGAGCCUGGCACUCUAACUUUCACAAACAAAUAUCAAAAGCAAACUUAUGUUGUGAGUGUAGAGAUGGACAGUAAGGCUCCUCCAGUGGCCUACGGUUAUCUGAAGUGGAUUGAUCAAAACAACCACGCCGUCGCAAGCCCCGUGGUGGUCCUGAAUUUCUGA